AUGUUUUUUAUUGCUUUAUAUGUUCUGUUUUUAGAAUAUUGUGUAGCGCAGUUUGGUCCGAUAAAGAAAAGUGUAUGGAACAGAGCAAUGACAAAUGUUGGUGCAAAAAGCCGCCAGUUAGUUAGAGUAGAAAUACAGAAAACACUUGCUAAAAAAGCAGCAGCGUUAUUGGAAAAAACAGAACAGCAAGAAAACAACGAUGAAUGGCAAACCAACGAUCAAAAUCACAAAACGGCAAAAAUAUCACUGGCUGAUGAAGCAGCAGCUGAUCAUCGUUAUCAACAACAACAAAAAGACUAUAACAACACUCAACCAGAGACGCCAAUGAAUAAAGAAAACGAAAAUUCAUUAAUAUUGCCGUCACCAUCAGUAUUGCACUCAACGCCAAAAGCUCUCUGUCGUGCAACAGCACCAUUAAUUCCAAAACAAUUAUCACCAGUUGCGGAUAUACAAACGAUAUUCUCUCCAAAACCGCCGCUCAAAUCCUCAUCACACCUAUCGACAACAACCGAUUAUGUUCGAUCGUAUGUUAAAUUAGCUGGAAAAAAUGCAAAUGUAUUUAGUUCAUCGGAAAUUGAUGAAAAUGAAGAGCACUGUUUAUCUGGAUUACCAAAACGUGCGUCGGAAUCACCUUCACCUGCCGCUACGAUAAGGAAGAAACAAAAAACGAUGAAACAGAAAAAGAUGAAUUAUGAAACCGAUGACGAAAAAAAUUUAUUUGAUGCUAUAGAUGAACUUUUAUUUGAUGAAAGCGAAUAA